AUGUCGACAAUUCUCGCCGCUCCUUUUGAUCCCAAGGUCACCGGUGCGCUCCUGGUGGCACUCUUGUACUACCCGCACAAACUACGAGGUAUACUCCCGACCAAUAUUCAACCACAUAUUACUUCUCCGGCUGCUGUUCGAACGUUGAAGAUUUUAUUCGUAUUUGGUAUUUUAAAACGUCUCAAUAACAAGUUAUCUCAGCUGGUAUUGAAUAAUUGGAAGGGCAAUGCGAAAUUUAUCAAGAGUCAGGAGCUGGUAUUGAUCACGGGUGGUUCGAGUGGAAUGGGGGAAUUAGUGGCAAGAGAUUUCUCAUCUCAAGGAGUUAAAGUGGUGGUGAUGGAUUUGAACCCUCCAAAGACUCCAUUUCCCUCCGCAGCUUCAGAAAUUCGAAAGGAUCAAGGAGAUCCUACCGUAAUUAUCAAUAAUGCUGGACUUGGAUAUCUCCAACCUAUCUUAGAAGCCACCGAAGAACAAAUUCGAAGAACAUUCGAUGUCAACACGAUAUCCCAUUUCCUGAUGGCGAGAGAAUUCCUUCCGGCCAUGAUCAAGAAGAAUCACGGUCAUGUGGUAACGCUCGCCAGUAUGGCAAGUUAUGUGGUUCACGCAGCCAAUGUAGAUUAUGCGUGUGCGAAAGCCAGUGCUCUCGCCUUCCACGAAGGACUCGCAUCCGAAUUAAAAUAUCGAUACAACGCACCAAACAUCAAAACCACCGUGGUCAAUCCAUCCUGGGUCCGUACCCCGUUAAUCGCAGAUCUAAUCGCCCAGCCCACCUUUCAGGAAUCAAUCCUCGAACCUGAAACCGUCACUUCUGCUAUCGUCAACCAAGUGUUAUCAGGAAGUAGUGGUCAUAUUGUUCUACCCAACCAAAUGAAUAUCCUGAGUACCAUCCGCGCAUGGCCAUGGUGGCUCCAAACCUCACUUCGAAACAAGAUAGCUCCAUUAUUACUCUUUAAAGAACAAGUACAACACAAGCCCACAGCACAAAUAGGAGAUGUGGCUCCGACGGCAUCCACGUAG